AUGUAUGUUUUUUUUUUCUUUGUUAGACAUUCAAAAGAAAGCAGCGAAACUCGUCGCACAUCACGAUCAAGAUUUUCAGUUCGACAUCGUUCAUCGACAGCUGAUAAAGAACAUAAAUCCGUUCAAACUUCUACUAAUCAAACAACACUAAGGAUAACAGCUAUAAAUGAACCUCUUAAUAAAGAAACUGAACAGAAACGUCUGGAAGAAGAAAUUCAGAAACGUAAAAUUCGUGUUGAACAAUGGCGUGCUAAACGUCGAAUAAUGCUGGGUAUUGAUAAAGUCAGACAACAAUCAGUUGUACAAACUACAAAAGGUAAAUUUUGGUCACUAGAAAAUGAAUGUGAUGAUGACGAUGAAGAAGAUUUAGAAAAUAUUUUUAUACCAUCAGUCAGUCUUAAAUGUGGUGUUGCUGCAGUACGUAAAACAUUAAUAUCUUCACAAGCUGAGAAACAACAAGAAGCAAUAGAAUGUGCUACACAAGUAGCUGCAUGUACAACUAUUGAAAAAAUCGAUCAUGACGAAGAAGAUCCUUUAGAUAAAUUUAUGGAAAGUAUUGCAAAAGAAGUUAAAGGUUUCCGUAAAAAUAACACCACAAAAGCAAUUACUACAAUUAAACAAGAACAAUUAUCAAAUAAUAACAAAGGAUCAAUUAUUCAAAUUAUUAAAAAAACAAUUAAAAAUGAAUCAGUUGAACCAACUGGUACAGUAUCAAUAGCCAAUGAUCAUCACCAUGAUUUAUCAAUAGUUAAAACUGAACAUAUGGAUACUAAUGAUCAAACAUCCUUAGUUCCAUCACUUGUUACGGUUCGUAGUGAUGUAGUUAAAUCUGCUAAAGAAAAAAGUGUUAUUAUGGAACAAGACAUAGAUGGUUUAGAAUAUUCGUCAGAAGAAGAAACUACUGAGUCAAAUGAAGAACUUGAUUGUAUAUCUGCGAUGAAUAGUAAAAAAUCGAAAUUAGAUAUCAUGAUAAUAAAUCAUGAUAAAAUAUAUUAUCGACCAUUUCGUAAAGAAUUUUAUACAGCUAUAUCCGAGAUAGCUAAUAUGACAGAAGCGGAAGUUGCUGCUUACCGAAAAGAACUCGAUGAUAUCAAUGUAGUUGGUAAACGAUGCCCAAGACCCAUAAAAACUUGGUCACAAUGUAUAACAUCUGCUAAAAUUUUACAAUUUUUAAAAAAACUUAAUUAUGAAAAUCCAACACCUAUUCAAGCUCAAGCAUUACCAAUUAUUCUUUCUGGUAAAAAUAUGAUUGGUAUUUCUAAAACAGGCAGUGGAAAAACAUUAGCAUUUCUUUUACCAAUGUUUCGUCAUAUAAUAGAUCAACCACCAUUAAAUGAUGGUGAUGGUCCAAUAGCUAUUAUUAUGGCGCCAACUCGUGAAUUAGCAUUACAAACAACAAGAGAAUGUAAAAAAUUUGCUAAAUUAUUUGAUAUUCGUUGUAUUGCUGUUUAUGGUGGUACAAGUGUAUCAGAACAAAUUGCGCAACUUAAACGUGGUGCAGAAAUUAUUGUAUGUACACCUGGACGUUUGGUUGAUAUGUUAACUGCUAAUAAUGGGAGAGUAACAAAUGUUCGACGAGUUACUUAUGUUGUUGUCGAUGAAGCUGAUCGAAUGUUUGAUAUGGGUUUUGAACCGCAGAUGACAAAAAUUCUUGAUAGUAUUCGUCCUGAUCGUCAAAUCGUUAUGUUUUCAGCAACAUUUCCUAAAAAAAUGGAAAUAUUAGUACGUAAAAAUCUUUAUAAACCUAUUGAAGUCAUCGUUGGUGGACGAAGUAUAGUUUGUAAAGAUAUUAUACAAAAUAUCGUUAUUCUUGAUGAUGAUGAUGAACAAAAAUAUUUAAAAUUACUCGAAUUACUUGGUAUAUAUCAACCACAAGGUUCAGUUCUUGUUUUUGUUGAUACACAAGAACAUUGUGAUGAAUUAUUGAACAAAUUAAUGAAUAAUUUUUAUCCAUGUAUGUCAUUACAUGGUGGUAUUGAUCAAUAUGAUCGUGAUUCAAUAAUAACAGAUUUUAAAAAUGGUGAUAUGCCAUUAUUAAUUGCAACAUCGGUUGCAGCACGAGGUUUAGAUGUUAAACAUUUAAUUCUUGUUGUUAAUUAUGAUUGUCCUAAUCAUUUUGAAGAUUAUGUACAUCGUUGUGGACGUACAGGUCGAGCAGGAAAUAUAGGUUAUGCUUAUACAUUUAUUACACCAACAGAAGAACGUUAUGCGGGUAAUAUAAUAGAAGCUUUGAAAACAUCUGCCGUACCUAUACCAGAAGAAUUAAUUUUAUUAUGGGAUAAUUAUGUUAAAAAAAUGAAAGCCAUAGGUAUAGAAGUAAAAGUUGGUAGUGGUGGUUUUAGUGGACAUGGUAGUUACGAAUUCAAUUCAUCAGAAACACAAUUAAAGAAAAAACAAAAAUGUAUGCAAGCUGCUGCUGCUAUGGGUUUAGUAGAUUUUGAUGAAGAGGAAGAAAGUCAAGUUAUUGAUCAACAAAUUCAAUCUUUAUUUACUAAGAGUAAAAUAAAGAUUAAAACUAAAGAUAAAGCAUCAGUUAAUCAAAAUGAAGAAACUAGUAGUUCAACAACUGUAAAUGAUGUAGCAUCGAAAUUAAAAUUAGCUACAAAAACAGCAGCUAGGUAA